AUGGAAAUAUUUGAGCAAGUUCAUAUCUCUAUUUCUUUGAUAUAUGCAAUCAAACAUAUACUUGCAUAUGCAAAAAAUUUAAAAGAAUUAUGCACACCUUGUAGGUCACCUCAGAAGAUAGCUUUAUUCGAAGAGGCUAAUGUUAUUAUUUCUCAUUCUUUGCCUAGGAAAUGUAAGGAUAUAGGAGCAUCUCUUAUCUCAUGUAAAGUGGGUGAAACUUUAUUUAGAAAUGUGCUCUUAGAUUUGGGAGCAAGUGUUAAUUUAUUAUCUUUGGCUGUUUUUGAAAAUUUUGAAUUAGGAGAACUAAAACCAACUUUAGUAAAACUUCAGCUAGUUGAUAGAUCUAUUAAAACACCUAGGGGUUUCCUAGAAGAUGUCAUUAUUCAUGUUAAAGGAUGUACAUAUUUAGUAGAUUUUCUGAUUUUAGAUAUUCCUACUUUAGAUAAUCUUACUCAUGCACCAAUCAUAUUAGGAUGCUCAUUUCUUGCCAUAGCCAAAGCAAAUAUUGAUUGCAAAAAUACGAUUAUAAAUAUGAAAUCUGAAGGUCAAAACAUCUCUUUAAAUGCUUUUAAAAGUUCAAGAUUUCCACAUGAAGAUAAUGAUAAUUAUGAAGAUAUUGAUGUAAUUGAUUCAUGCAUAGAAGAAAUGAAUUAUGUUUAG